AUGGUGGCGGCCUGCAUGCUUGGGCUUGGGCACCGCACGCCACGUCUUCGCUCGGGGCUCGCCUCCGACGCGGCCUUCGUCCGUGGCGGGGGGCCACCUGCGGCCUCGGUGCCGUUCGCUGAGGCCGGCAUUCCAUGCCGGGCCGUUUCUGGACACAUCGGCGCCCUGUGGUGUGGGCUCGCAGGGGGUCUCCUGCCGCCACCGGCCUGCGCGCUUGGGAUCCCCCCGCGGCCCCCGGGGAAGCGUGUAGUACCAAAGGCCACUCUUGCCAUGGGGACGCUCUUGCGUGCAGCCGGAGGGCGUCGAAGCAAGCCGCUGUCGCAGUUUUGGUUGCGACGCCCGGCUAAGGCAGAGGGCUUGAGGGUCACGCCUGCGUGUGAUCGGCUCUGUCUCGGCGGCGCGCGGGCGGGGAGCCUGUCGGGGGGGGGCGCCCCCCGUCGCCCGCCCCCCCGCCUUCGCGGGCCGCAACUCUUCUCCACGCGCUCUUCCCACUGCUCCGGGGCCGUAGGCUCAGCCCUCUGGCGCCGCAGACCAGCUCGCGACAGGCGGGCCUGCGCUUCAAGGAGAACGCGGCGUGGGAGGUCUGGGUUAAGCCGUCCUCGGCCCCUUUUUUCUUCCAGGCGGCCGAGCGCUUCUCGGCCGCCUCUGUUCUGUCACGUUAUGGCAUUUUGGCCUGCAGGGAGCCGAUGCGUGCCGCAUCUGCCCUGUGGUAAAUAUCGAGUGAAGAUGUAUGUUCCCAGGCCUCCAGCGUCCCGAAACAGAAGCCAGAGCGGUCCUGUGGGGCCGAGCCCGCCGCUUUCUGGCCGCGGGACCGUCAGAGCAUGCCCGGAUUCGCGGGGCCAUGCAUUGAACAGAAAGCACGGCGUCGGAGGUCUGGGAUGCGGAGCCCACGUGCUUCGUGCCUGGAGCAGCUGGCUGUGCCGCGUCCGCUGCUCCGGGUCGGAGGGUGGGGGGGGAGAGCGUGGCGCUGCCCUCGGACAUGGGCGCUGCGUCCUCCGGGACGUCCUCUCUUGGUGUCCUCUCCUGUCUCCUGCCGCGACCAGGCUUUGA